AUGAAAAAGAAAGAACUAGAACAGUUGGUUAAUGACAAAAAAGAUUUGGAAAUUCAAUUAUCAAAAUACCAAAUAGAAUACCAAAAAUUACAAAAUCAAAAUGAUGAAUUUAAAAAAAUAAGUCAAAUCAAAGAAAAUAAAGUGGUAUUAUUAAAUGAAAUAAAUGAAAAGGUUCAAAACGAAAUCAAUGAGUUAAAAGAAAAAGAAAAGAUUCAAGAAGAAGAAAAUAAUAAACUUCAACAUGAAAUUAAAAAUCAUUUAAAAACUAUAACAUCAUUAACUGACAAAAUAGAAAUAUUUAAAACAGAAAAUACUAAAAUAGAAAAUUCAAUUCAACAAAAAGAAAAAGAAAAUGAAGUAAUGAAAGAAGAAAAUAAAAAGAAGGAAAAAGAAAUAGAAGAAAUCAAAAAGGAAAAGGAAAUUACUAUAGAAGAACUAAAUCAAGAAAUUAAAAAGAAAAUCGAAGAUUUUGAAAAAAGAAUUAAAGAACAUGAAAUAAUUCAAAGUAAUCAAAUAAUAAUAAUUAAAGAAAAAGAUCAAAACAUUUGUGAAUUGAAACAAAACAUCGAAAAAAUGAAAAGAGUAAUUGAAACACCAAUGAAAGAAAAUGAAGAAAAUUUACAAAAAAUUGAAGUACUAAAGAAAAAAGAAGAAGAACUAAACAAUAAAUUACAAUUAAUUGAACAAGAAAAAACAAAAGAAAUAAAAGAAUUAGAAAAUGAAAAAUUAAAUUUAAAUAAAGAAAUGGGUAUUAAAAUUCAACAAUUAAAAGAAGAAUUAGAAAACGAAAAAAAAGAAAAUGAAAAAAUGAAAGAUUUUAUUAAACAAAAAGAAAUUGCACUUCAAAAAGAAAAAGAAGAAAAAGAAUGUAUUAUACAACAAAAAAUAAGAGACGAAAAAGAAAAAAUUAAUGCACAAGAAAGUAUUAGAAAAAUGGCAGAAAAAAUAGUUCAACAAAAAAUUGAAGAAAAUCAAAAGAAAAAUAUUUUAGAAAGUCUUGAAGAAGAAAGAAGAAAUAGAAAGAAAAUAGAAAAUGAAAAAGAAAUAAUAGAAAAAGAGAAAGAAGUAAUGGAAAAAGAUAUUAAAUUAUUUAAAGAAGAAAUUGAAGAAUUAAAGAAAAAAGAUAAAAAGAAAAUUGAAGAUAUAAAAUUGAUUGAAUUAAUAAAACAACCAACACCAUAUAUUAAUGAAAAUAAAAAGGAAACAAAAUUUACUCCUUAUGGCUCUUUUGUUCUUAAUAAAAUCUUUCCAGAAAAACAACAAAUUUCUCCUAUUUUAAAAACAAUUGCAUUAGGACUUAAAAGUAUUACAUCGUUAACUAAUACUCAUUUAGAAAAUGUGGUAGUUUGUUUUUUGGAAAUGCUAAUCAUGAAAGGAGAAGUUUUAAAACCACAAAAAGGAGAGUUUCUUAGAAUUGAAUAUCAUGGAACUAAUUCUCAAAUUGUAAAUGCAUUAUUUGAAGUAGUAGAUAUAGAAAAUUCUAUUACAAUUGCUUAUGCGUUAAGAGGAAAAUCAUUUAAAUUAAAUGCACAAGCAAAAUUUGAAUGGAAACAAUCAAAAAGUAAAUACAUUGGAAAAUUAACAAGUAAAGAAUGGUUUAUUAAAGGAUAUAUUGAAGAUAAAUUUAUUGAAAUUAUAAUGCCACCAAUGAUUAAUGGAAGGUUUAAUGGUGAUGGCUCUGUUAUUUGUGAUGAUAAAAUUAAUAUAAAAGUUCAUCAUGGAAAAGCAAGUGGAAAUAAUGGAAAUAUUAAAGUUGAUGUUAUUUUAAAAGAAAGUAAAAUUAAAGAAUUAAAAAUUAAAAUUGAAGGUGAAAGUAAAGAGACUCAUGACUUUUAUUCAGAAAGUGAAAUAUAUUGUGUACCUAUUUCAUUACAACAAAAUAUGGAAGAAAUGAAAUUAAUGAAACCAGUUUUUAUUGCUGCUGAAAACGGUAGUGAUUUUGAAGGAAUAUACAAUAUUAUUCAAAAAAGGUGUGAAAAACAACCACUGGAAUUACAUUUUAUUGAAGUUCAAAAUGAGUGGAAAUUAAAAAUUGAAAAUGUAGAUGAAAAGAAUUUGAAAAAAACUUAUGAAAAGAAUGGAAUCAUUGAUGUUUUACCAGAGUCAAUUGAUAAAAUCAAAGACAAUGAAUUGUUAAAUGUUUUACAAUCUUAUCAUGAACAAAUUAAAACAAUGGGUGAAAAUGAAAAUGAUGAUAUUAAAGAAGUCACAGAAGAGUGCCAAAAAAAAUUAGAAAAAAUGGGAACAAUUCUUCAAAUAGUCGCUGUUGUUUCUGUUGCUUUAAUGAGUAUUGUGAUUAAUAUGAUGUUGUUUUAG